CGUCGUAGCGCUAACUCUAAUAAUCGUAGUGAUUUAGCUCCACAAUCAAUGCAAUGGGCAAUACGAAGUCGCGAUACAGCUCGGUCCUCAGUACGAAUGCCAGCUGGUUCCAGUUUAGUUUUUAUAGAUCCAAUGGCAUUGCGCCGUUCAACGGUACCAGCAAGUACCGCCGUAGCUGCACCUCCACAAGAACAGCAUACUAUGGCCACAACAUCCAGCAAUUUAGCACGUGCAUUUGGAAUAAUUGUUCGCCAAAUUUCUGAACUCUUAAGUAGUUUGGCGUAUAAUAUUAUGAAUGAUAUUGAAACCUCUUUGAAGAUUCAACCCGAAGAAGCCACUCAAUUGCAGGAAUUUGUGGAAAAAUGUUUUAAAACCUACCUGGGAUUGGAUGUUUUCUGUAAUGGAUAGCACUGAAG